AAUUUGUCCAAAUUCAAAGUAAGUAGUUUACACUAAAAAUUGAAUUGCGCGGGCGCAUUGUCAACCAUCUGGCAACCCUGCCGACUGCUAUCGAUAGGCACUGGAAGGCUAGAAAGAGAGGGUGCGAAUCAGCUGCUGGAACGCCUGUUAUUGGAAGCCACUGUGGAAAUCGCGAGCGCUUUCCAAUGUCAAUUAAAUAAGCAAAACGCGAAGAAAAGCACAGCCAAACUGAGAGUCUCGUUGCCACGGACGUGAACACAAAACCAGGAAAUCUUUUUAAAUAUUAAUAUACAUCAUAAGACCCACUCAGCUUCUGCUCAUCUGUACCCUAAAACACAUCCGGAUAAGGUGGCACGGUGGGCAGGAAGAACGAGACGUCCGGAGGAGCAAUCCCUAGGAGCACUACCCUUUCCUCCCUCUCUGACGCGUCAAGAUGCCUCAAAUAAGGGCUGCGGCCGCUGAGGCGGUGGCCGCCGGCAGCGCCAAUGGGCAGCCGCUGGUCAAGAUCGGGCACUACCUGCUGGGCGCCACCCUGGGCACCGGAACCUUCGGCAAGGUGAAGAUCGGCGAGCAUCAAAUCACCCGCGUCAAGGUGGCCGUCAAGAUACUCAACCGGCAGAAGAUUAAAAGCUUGGACGUCGUGGGCAAGAUCCGUCGCGAGAUCCAGAACCUUAAGCUGUUUCGCCACCCGCACAUCAUCAAGUUGUACCAGGUUAUCUCGACGCCUUCGGAUAUUUUCAUGAUCAUGGAGUACGUGAGCGGCGGCGAGCUAUUCGACUACAUCGUGAAGCACGGGAAACUGCAGGAGCACCAGGCGCGCCGCUUUUUCCAGCAGAUCAUCUCUGGCGUGGACUACUGUCACCGGCACAUGAUCGUGCACCGGGACCUGAAGCCAGAGAACCUGCUGCUGGACCACAACAUGCACGUGAAGAUCGCCGACUUCGGGCUCUCGAACAUGAUGCUCGACGGCGAGUUCCUGCGCACCUCGUGCGGCUCACCCAACUAUGCGGCUCCCGAGGUGAUCUCCGGCAAGCUGUACGCCGGACCCGAGGUGGAUAUCUGGUCGUGCGGCGUCAUUUUGUACGCCCUGCUGUGCGGGACACUGCCCUUUGACGAUGAGCACGUGCCGACGCUGUUCCGCAAGAUCAAGUCGGGCAUCUUCCCGAUUCCCGAGUACCUCAACAAGCAGGUGGUCAACCUGGUGUGCCAGAUGCUGCAGGUGGACCCGCUCAAGCGGGCAAACAUUGAGGAAAUCAAGAAGCACGAGUGGUUCCAGAAGGACCUGCCGGCCUACCUCUUCCCCUCGUCCAUCGAGCAGGACUCCAAUGUGAUCGACACCUACGCGGUGGCCGAGGUCUGCACCAAGUUCGGGGUCAAGGAGACUGAGGUGCACAACUCGCUGCUUAGCGGCGAUCCGCACGACCAGCUGGCAAUCGCCUACCAUCUGAUCAUUGACAACAAGCGCUUCGCCGACGACGCGGCCAACCAGAUAAACGAGAUCAAUAACUUCUUUGUAGCUGGCUCACCGCCGCCACCACCUCCGCCACCAGCUCCGCAGUCGUCGAUGGAUCACCAGCCACCGCUGGCCACCGUGACCGUGGGCGGAGGCACCGCAGCCAGCUCUGGCACGGCCACGCCGGUGCCCCCGACCUCCGGCGGCACGCCCAGCAGCACCAUUAGGCCACACCCAGAACGGAUUGCGCCGAUGCGGGACCGCCAGUUGGCCAUGUCCGUGCAAACUUCGGGCGGCGGAGCGUUCCCGGAGAAAACAGUGCGAGGCGGAACGCCGAUCAAGCGCGCCAAGUGGCACUUGGGCAUCCGCUCGCAGAGCAAACCCAACGACAUCAUGCUAGAGGUGUACCGGGCGAUGAAGGCUCUCAGCUACGAGUGGAAGAUCAUCAAUCCGUACCACGUGCGAGUGCGACGGCAGAACGUGAAGACAGGCAAAUUCUCGAAGAUGUCUCUGCAGCUGUAUCAGGUGGACGCCAAGAGCUACCUGCUCGACUUCAAGUCGCUGACCAACGACGAGGUCGAGCAGGGCGACGACGUGAUCAUGGAGAGCCUCACUCCGCCGCCGCUCAGUGUUUCCGGAGUGAUGCCGCUGCAGCCGACCGGCCACCACACCAUGGAGUUCUUCGAAAUGUGCGCCGCCCUGAUCAUCCAGCUGGCGCGCUGAGGGGCUGGCGACCAAACCAAUGAUGAAGAAGAUGUAGGAGGUGACCGCGGUCGGCCGCAGCGUAUUCAAUGGGAUCUUCUCGGUUGGCGGUCUGCGCAAAGACCGCCCUGAGGAUUGACCAUAUGCCGGAGGACACAGUCCCACAAAGAAAAGCUGCAGUCGUGUAGAGUUCGGAGUUUCUCAGACAAAAAUGCAUAACUAAAUUCUUUUAAUCGACGUUUUGCAUGUUGUCGUUUUGUUUAACAAAAAUGUAGCUCACACCAGUGGUCCCGAUGCCGUUUUAAGAGUUUAAAUACACUCAUAAAACGGUAGCAGGAUUGAACAGCUUUUAAACCAACCAACUAGUGAUUUUCGAUCGACGAAAAGCUUCUGAACUCCGACUCCAGCUUCCCCUUGUGCGGCUGUGUCAUCUAAAUCACUUGUUUUUGAACUCGGACGCCCGCCAGCCGUUACCGCUAUGCUACCGUUACCCGCUUUACCGCAUCCAUUUCCGCUUCCGGUUAGUCUAAGUUUGUAGGUUCCGCUCCGUACGACCAGCGGGCUUCGAUCUGUUUCUGUUGUUUCUAUAUCGAUUUCUGUUUAUAUUUACAUGUUGAGUUAUUAUUUUACCCGAAUCCAAAACAUAUGUGUACGUAUAUUUGUAUUAUGACUAACGAAUUGUAAUCAAAACCUUGGCCGGGCGAUGUUUUUAGAUUGUAACCAGCUUGGGCCGAUCGAGAGUUUUAUGUAUCUGUAUAAACCAAGCCACAAUAAAGCGAUCCAUAAUUAUUCUAAAUAAAA